AUGCCGAGUCAAGGAGAAGUCACCGAGUUGGCUUUUGGGUUGGAGCUCUCUAGUGCGCCCUUUUUCUGGGCAUUAAGGAAGCCGCCUGGUUCGAAUAAGUCCGAAUCUGUGGAGCUGCUCGAUGGGUUCGAGGAGCAAACCAGAAGUCGAGGGGUAGUGUCGAAGAGUUGGGCGCCUCCACUGAAGAUAUUGAGUCAUGAAUCAGUAAGAGGUUUCUUGACUCACUGUGGAUGGAGUUCCGUGAUAGAGGGACUCCAGUUUGGGAAACCACUUGCCGUUCGUGGUGGACCAAGGUUUAAAUGCAAGGGUAUUCCAUGA